UGUGUUGAAGGACCUCUGCCUGAUCCCAAAAAACCUCGCACCAUGCACGGAACCUUGAUCAUGAAAGAAAACAGUCUGAAGCUGGUGUCGUCAGAACAGGCGCUGAAGGAGCUCGGCCUCAACGAACAUCAGUUGCGCUUCACCUGCCGCGUGCAGCUCCAGGACCCGCACAGCGACCCCGACACACUCCACAGGAUCUACACGCACCUCAAAAGCGUGUUGAAAGGUUACACCAUCCAGCACCUCCCUGACGGCACCGUCAUGGUGGAGUCUAUCGUCAUCAAGGUGUCGUCGUCCGCUGAGGACACCAACACCAAGGUCCUUCUGCUCUCCUGGAGUUACCAG